GGUAUGUGUCAAAAAGGGAGAAAUGAAAGAACAGUUGUUACUUCUCUGCAUCUCCUUCCACUCACCAGGUUGACUGUUAGAUUAUUUUAAGAACAUUCAUUUUACAAUUUAGAGACGGUUCACAACAUUGUAACCUUUUAAAAUGGCGGAAACGGUAUACGGAACUAACGAGGAAGGGCAUAUUAUGUCUGAAAAAGUGACAAGUCUUGCAAACACCGUUUAUCAAGAAUUUGAAAGGAUGAUUAAAAAAUAUGACGAAGAUGUAGUGAAGGAAUUGAUGCCAUUAAUUGUUGGAAUUUUAGAAAAUCUUGACAUUGCUUAUGCAGAGAAAGGAGAAAUUGAGGUAGAAAUUGAAUUACUGAGAGAUGACAACGAACAACUUCUUACACAGUAUGAAAGAGAGAAACAACUCAGGAAAGCAGCAGAACAGAAAUAUCUUGAGAUGGAAGAUUCUGUUGAGGGAGAAAAGAAAGACUUGCAAGAGAAAAUUGAAAGUUUGGAGUCUAUUGUCAGAAUGCUGGAGCUGAAAUCAAAGAACGCUGCUGACCAUGUUUCUCGUCUGGAAGAGAAAGAAGCAGAAAUGAAAAAAGAAUACAGCAAAUUACAUGAAAGAUACACAGAGCUUUUUAAGACACACAUGGACUAUAUGGAAAGAACAAAAAUCUUAAUGGGAACAGAUAAACUUUCAGAAAUUGGAAGCAAUGCACGGACAAGAGGAGGUAUCCAACUGCCAUCACUUCGACCAGUCAGCAUGUUUGUUCAAGGUUCCCCAAAUCAGUCCGACAACAGUCCAAUGCCAUUUGACUUGAUGUCUCCUCAUAGCACUCGUGAUUCCAAUAUCAGUCUACGCAGUGAACUCAGUGACCUCGACUCCCCAGCCACGCCGAAAGAGAACCUGUCGCGCCAAACCAGUGACAAGGGGCAGCUCACGGACAAUAUUAAUGUCAGCGAGCAGAGUACAACCACAGCCACAAAACAUUCAGAAAAGCCUCCAUCUAACACACAAGAAGCCUUGCCCAUUGAUGAUGUCCAAAUGCGAGUUCAUCCGACUAUUGAACCCACACAUACCCAACAGACUGAGCCACAAAUAGUGCAAAAUGACUCCUCACAUGUUAUACUAAAAAGAGAUACUGCGGUGCCAAAUACUCAAACUGUGGAACAUGAUACUCAGGACAAAAGUUCAGAUGACAAAUAUCUCCAGCGUUUAAGUUCUGAUGAUGGCUUUGAAGAAGACCAUCUUCAUUUAGGUUUUGGUUUACAUCAUACUUUACAAUCAAUAGUGGCCAGUACACCAGAACUUGAUGAUGAUUCGUAUGAGAGUCAGCUGUCUAACUCUAAUAAUGCAAGAAUGUCCAGGCGAAAUGACAACUCUAUAUUUGACGAGUUAUCCACACAAGGUGCUGACAUGUCAGGGGACUUUGGUGCUGAUGUUACAGAUAGUGGUGAUGAAGAAAAAGAGAAUGACAAAGACUCUGUUGUCAGUGACAGUUUCUUUGGAAUGGGAAAAGAACUAGAAAAUCUUAUUUUAGAAAAUACCGAAUUAUUAGCAACCAAAAAUGCCUUGAAUGUUGUGAAAGAUGAUCUUAUUGCAAAAGUCGAUGAACUUACAAGUGAACAAGAGAUUUUGCGGGAAGAGAUUAAUUCACUACAAACCGUGAAGGGUCGACUUCAGCUUCGUAUCAGCACUCUGGAAGAGGAACUGAAAAAGAUGAAGGAGGAAAUAGAGAAAAAGACGCAAGCUACAGCUGGUGAUGAGGAGGACGAUGUUCCGAUGGCUCAGCGUAAACGGUUCACGCGUGUGGAGAUGGCGCGGGUGUUGAUGGAACGGAACCAGUACAAGGAGAGGCUGAUGGAGCUGCAGGAGGCGGUGCGGUGGACGGAGAUGAUCCGGGCGUCGCGGGAACACCCCGGCGAGCUGCCGUCCAAGAAGAAGUCAUCCAUCUGGAACUUUUUUGGUAAUCUAUUCAACUCUCCUAACAAACCAAAGAGGACAACGCCACUGCCACUGGCUACCGUGAAGUACAGUGCUCCCACCACUCAGGUACAGCCUAUUGGAGACCCCAACAAGAAGCAGAGAGAGAAGUACAAUCUAGGACAGAAAUCCAAGGCCUUUGACUUCCUGCAGGAUGAUGUCACAUCUGAGAAAGUGAAAAAGGAGCGCGAGAGAGAGCGUCGUGAACAGUACAAGCAGGUUCGAGCUCAUGUCAAGAAGGAUGAUGGCAGAAUGCAGGCAUAUGGCUGGAGUUUGCCGGCCAAGUUCACGCCCCAGAUCUCGAAAGAGUCUUACGGAAAGAGUGGAGUCCCAGUACCUGUCCCAGUCUACUGCAGACCACUGCUCGACAAAGAAACAGGGUUAAAGUCACUCUCUGUGGAUUUAAUUAUUUGGUGUGCUGCUGGUGUGAACCUAACAGGGGGCAAAACCAGGGAUGGUGGAUCAAUUGUUGGGGCCAGUAUUUUCUAUUCUAACCCCCCAGAGAUAGAACAAGAGCACCGCAAAGAAACCAAAGAUGAAGUUGAGAAACUUAAUCAGGAACUGAAGGAUCAUGAGAAGAACCUUAAGGUUGCGGAUAAGGAGCAGUUGUCUUCUCUUGUGUGGAUCUGCACGAGCACCCAUUCGACGAGCCGCGUGACGGUGAUUGACGCCAACAACCCGGGUGAUAUUCUUGACUCAUUCCGUGUCUCUUCAACACAUCUACUCUGCAUAUCCAGUGUUCCAGGAGCGAUGGAGUCCGAUUAUCCCGUAGCGGAGGAGAUUCUCCAUGCUGAAGUGCCGGUGUUGCCGCAGGAGACCGUUGUGUCGACAGGUAGUCAUGACGUUGGCCAGUCUGGUGAAAACAGUGGGAUCGGUGGGAUCACGUUCGUACAGUGUUCAACUGGGCUCGCUUUGCAGGGAUCUCAGAUAUCACCUGUUGGCUCUCCUCAUGGAUCAAAAGAAAUGAGUCCCGAGACGGAUGCUGAGGUCAGUGAUGCUCUGCAUGCUGCAGCUAAUGAUGAUGGUUCCAAUGAAGGUAGAGAAAAAGGUUCAGAUGAAAUCAACAAGGAUAAUGGAGAAGAUGACCCUCUUGGUGCUACAGUUUUUAGAGCCACAGGCUCGCCACCAUCAUCAGGAACAAUAACGCCAUCAUCAUCCACCGAUGCCGACAAACCGCUGCAGGACCAGCCUGACAUCGUGCGUGACGGUCUGAGCACAACUCUGACCACCGACAACCAGCUCCAGUACGGGGAGCUGGAGAAGAUGAGCAGUGUGGUGCCCACUGUGUGGAUGGGAUCGCAGAGUGGCAGUUUGUACGUACAUUCAUCUGUUACACAGUGGAAGAGGUGUCUACACUCGGUCAAGUUGAGAGAUUCGAUACUUAGCGUUGUUCAUGUUAAAGGUCGAGUGCUGGUCGCUUUGGCUGAUGGGACUGUUGCAAUAUUCCAUAGAGCAUCAGAUGGUCAGUGGGAUUUGAAGAAUUAUCACCUUCUGGAUCUUGGCAAACCUCACCACUCAAUCAGAUGCAUGACUGUAAUUGCCGGAAAACAUGUCUGGUGUGGCUACAAGAAUAAAAUACACAUCAUAGAUCCCCAGUCUAUGAAAAUAUCAAAAAGUUUUGAUGCUCACCCUCGAAAGGAAAGUCAGGUGAGACAGCUGGCCUGGGUGGGUGAUGGGGUGUGGAUCUCCAUUCGACUGGACAGUACCCUUCGGUUGUACCACGCCUACACACAUCAACACCUGCAAGAUGUCGACAUUGAGCCAUACGUCAGUAAGAUGCUUGGAACUGGCAAGCUUGGCUUUUCCUUUGUACGAAUAACUGCCAUGUUGAUUUCUUGUAAUCGUCUGUGGAUUGGAACUGGGAAUGGUGUCAUUAUUUCAGUGCCAUUGUCAGAAAGUAAUAAACAACAAGUAACUACAUCGAGUAAACGUCAGCCAGGCGGUGUGGUGCGAGUGUACAGUGAUUCGGGGACAGACAAUGUCACGCCCAGCAGCUUCAUUCCAUACUGUUCCAUGGCGCAGGCCCAACUCUCGUUUCACGGCCAUAAGGAUGCAGUCAAGUUUUUUGUGGCUGUUCCAGCUGUUGGAAAGUUCAGUCAAUCUCCUGAAGGUGAUUUUGGCACUGAACCAUCAGGGUUUCCGAGAAAGGGAAUGAGUGCUGCGAGUGAUGAUGACACGAGCAAGGUGAUGAAAACUCGACAGGAGGCGGUUCCUGCCCCACAGAGUAACACCAAGCUCGUCCUGUCUGGUGGUGAAGGCUAUGUUGACUUCAGGAUCGGCGACGGUGAUGGUGAAGAUGAGGAAGUCAUUGACGUGGAAGCGGAAGAAAAGAAAGCCUCACUGAACAAAGCUGACAGAAGCCAUCUCAUCGUAUGGCAGGUGAUCACACAAGAGUAGACUUGUAUGGUCUCCCGCCAGAGUUCACUUUGAAACAGGGUCAAUCACAGCACGUUGUGGCAACUUCACUCUGACACCAGGAAGCUGGUAUUUUCACUCUUGUCCACAACAGUUGGUCAAGUUGUCCACAACGUUUUCUGAAAAUGGAUGAGCUAGUUUGUUUCUGUAGUGUCGGUUGUUAUGGCACAUUUGCUUGCAAAGGGCAUUGUAUGCUUAUCUGCAGCAAUGUCUGUAGUGAUUUAAUUAUUAGACAACAAACCACUAUAUCUGAUACCAGACUGAUCUCAUUAAUAAUAAAGAUCCAUCAGAAAUACUAUCACGUAUUCCAUCUUCCAUCUAAGAAAGAGACAAAAAAAAAAGAAAAAAAAAAAACUAAUUUGGAUUGUUAUUCCCAGGGUGUUAACAAUGAUUGUUAUUCCAAGGGUGUUAACAAUGACUGUUAUUCCCAGGGUGUUAACAAUGAUUGUAUGUUCUUUAGUUCCUCAAUGUUUAUUUUGUCUGAGAUCAUGGAAUGAAAAUUAUUAUUUGUUUUAAAAGUUUUUGGUUGGAGUGUAAACUUGGAAAUAGCUUUGCCAAAAUUAAUCAAUGUUGAAAUUUUAAUUUUUCACCUCUUAACUUAAGUAUCAUAGAAAACAUUUAAAUCUUGAAAAAAAUAUUUCUGAGAGAUGGACAUUAUUGAAUGAUGGCUUAAAAUUAUGGCUUUCAAUACUAGGGGUCCAAAAAUCCAGAUGGAUCAGAUAAGAGCAUUUAAUUUUACAUACUGUCUGAUGUGCAAUUGCUUACAAUGGUGUUCAAUAUUUGAAUAAGUACCUAUGACAUUUUGUUACAGUAAUGUAAUUAAUUAAGAAAUCCAAAUUAAAGAAAACUAUGAUCACUUUUUAGUAUAUUUUUUGUAAAUAGGAUAAAUGUGUUGUCUUGCUUCUUUGCGUAACUAGAUCAGAACUGCUGGUCUUGGCAAUAUGACAUAUGUUUUUAAAACAGCACAUACCUUCUAUAAAAUAAAAAAAUUCAUGGUGUAGACCAGGAUGUAAUACAUGUAGUAUAAAUAUAUAAAUGGUUUUGACAAUAUGUAUAUAAAAUUUUAAAAUUAAAUUAACAAUAUACAUUAUAUUAAAAAAUAUAUAUUUUAAAUAUAAACUAUAUAAUGAACAGAAAAUAAAUACUAUUUUGUGGUAUAUUUUAAUCAGUAUCUUAAAGUUUUCAACAGCCAUUUUAGUUACUGUGGCAACCAUAAAAUAUUAAAAAGAGUUUAUGAAUGAAAAUAAUGUUUUUACCUGAUGAAUUAGGUACAUAAUUUGAAACAGUUUGAUAACGUUUUAUUUAAUUAAAAACAAUAGUGUAUUGAUGUUCUGAUUCCAAUGUAACAUAAUGUAGAAUGUAUCACUUUCAGAUACAAAUUGUGGCUAAAGCCACACUGGUAUUGCUUUUUUAUGUUACAUUGUACAAUGUAUUUAAUGAUCAGUGUUUAUGCAAAUAAGCACAGUGAACACACAAUGAAUUCGAUCUUCCUGGCUUGCAUGUAACAAGUCAUUGAUGCCAUGAAUAAUUUGUUUUUGGUUUUUAUGAGUAUUUUAUGAAAUUACUUGUGCUUAAGACACAAUCAUACACUUGUUUUUGAAUGAGUUUAUUUAAUAACAUAUUUAGUUUUUAUGAAAUUUCAUCUAGACAUCUUUAUAUCAAAAUCUAUCUUUGAUUUUUUUAAAUUUUGCCCAUAAAAAUUUAAUGGGAGUUAUGAAAAUAGCCAUGUAAAUAUGGAGAAAAUAUGCGAAGUACUGUAUUCUACACACCCGGUCAAUAUUGUUACCAGGAGCACCAUAAAAAUCUUUCAAGGUUCGAAGAAUAUUGAUUGCUAACAUACAUUUUUGAGACUGGAAAUAUUCUAGCAUAAUAAACCAUAAUGUAUAUAUUAUACCUUAUAGAAAAGUUCACUAUUAACAUUUUACAUGUAAACAUGACACUGUAUGCUAAACAAAUUAAGAUGUAUUAUGCUAUUUAUUUUUUGAAUAUACAUGUAAAAGAAAGUGUAUUCAUUUGACAGCACAAAGAUAUGUGUUGGUAUGUGUAAGAGUAAUAUGUUUUUAGAUAGCAGUUCAACUUUUUUUAAUUCUACCCUUACUGUACAGCUUGUAUAUACUUGUAUCUAUGCUAUGUUAUUAAUUAAAGCAGGAUGUGGCUGUUGUAAAUGCUUCCAAAGAUUUUAAUAUAAUAUUGAUGGUAUACAAGUGGAUUUUCUUUUCUCUGUGGGACUAGUCACUGAACUACAUUGAUAUUGUAACUAAUAUAAUAUCUAAUAUAUACUUCGUUCUUUUCUCUCUCUCUCUCUCUCUCUCUCUCUCCCCCCCCCCCCCCCCCCCCCCCGUUUGUCUUGAAAAGAAUACUAAACUGUAUGCCGUGACCAUCAGUUUAUGUGUAUGUCCAAUUUAAACAUUUGUCCUCUAAGCUCAUAACUGCUAUUAGCUUAAUAAGAGAAAUGUACAUCAUAUUUUAAUGCAUGUAGAGAGCUUGUCAUUUCUCUCUUUGUGUUUUUAACAUUCUGCUUUGGAAUAUAGAUCAUAGUGAAUGAGCAUUUAACCAAGCAUUAAUGACAAUUAUAUAUAAUAUUAAAGAUACUGUGUAUGCCAGUAAAUGUGAACAAGAACACUAAAGUAGAAUGCUGAGACUUAUUUAUUGAAUCUCAACUUUUGGGUAUGCUACUCUAGUCUAUUGUGCAUUUAUGUUGCAUUUGAUUAUUAUGACAAGUUUGAAGUCAUUGGAAUGUAAUAAUUACUGUUAAUUUAUUAGUGGUAUUUUUAAAAUUAUUGUUGCAACAUUUUUAGAUACAUAUUCUAAUGUAUUAUCACUUGUUUAGCAAGUAUUACAUUUAGUUGAUUUGCUGUGCAUAACAUUUAUAAAUUUGGCUUAACAGAUAUUCUGGUUGCAUAGUUACCAGUUAAUGUUCAUUGAUUUUAUUUGUUAAACUGAUUUGUUCAUUCAGAUUCACCACAUAUGGAAUAGUACAUACCGCAGCCUUUGCCUGUUGCUUCCUAAAGAUUGAUUUCAGUUAUUGCCUAAAAAUUAUAAAUAAUCAAAGCUCAUAAUUAUUUUGUAGUCUUUCCCUAUAGUUCUUUCAAUAAAUAUAUAAAAAAUUGUGUUCUGUAUGUACUAUAUACAUUUGUAUAUAUCUUUGUUUGCUUAUGUUAAUGCUUUAUCCUGUUGAAAAUCUAGUUUUAUUAUUAUUUGUUACCUUAUAGUUAUGUAAAUAUUAUUUUUAAUUGGUUUAAUGUCUUUUUAUACGUGUACAAUAUGUAACUUUGUUAUCAUGUAUUGAAAUAUGACUUAUUAUAGACCGUUUAUUUAAUAUGUUAAUUUUCAUACAAGCAUAAUUGUUAUCCUUUUUUUUCUUCUUUUUUUUUGUUUGCGGGAAUUAGUUUUUUCUCAAUUACACCAGGUGCAUGCAAUAAUAGUUGUAAUAAAACCAUUUUGAUAUAAUGAAGAAUUUGAGGAUUUUUGGUUAGAAUUAAAACUGAUUGUUUUGUAUUUUAUUGGUUUAUAUUAUAGUUUUAAUACAUUUUCUUGUCUUUAUGAGAUAGAUACAUCAUUUACAAACAUACAAUAUACACAGUUUAAUUUCAGCUACCUGGGUCUACUUGGGAUAAAUAUUAAUGAGUUAAUAUAACAUUCUUAGUUAACGAGCAGAGAGCUCUUAAUGUGCAUUUGUCUUACAGCCAGAAUAACAGAGAUCUUUGGUAUAUAUGUACUAGUCAUGGAACACUGGGAUAAAUAUUAAUGAGUUAAUAUGAAAAUGUCAGUUAACAAGAAGAGAACUCUUAAUGUGCAUUUUUCUCAGCCAGAAUAACAUAUAUGUAGAUCUUUGGUGUACAUGUACUAGUCAUGGAACAUGUACUUUAUACCAGCCCAUUAAAUGAAGCAGGGUAUACUCACUCUGGGCUGGAUUUGAUACAUGGAUAUAAACUGUUCCUACCCAUUAAGUGAAGCAGGUUAUACUCACUUUGGGUUGAGGCUAGUACAUGGAUAUAAACCGUACCAUCCCAUUUUGUUUAACCGGUCUCAGUGGUGUCGUGUUUAAGCCUUUGGACAUGAGACUGGUAAGCACAGGGUUCGCAGCCCAGUACCGGCUCCCACCCAGAGUGAGUUUUAACAACUCAGUGGGUAGGUGUAAGACCACUACACCCUCUUCUCUCUUACUAACAACUAACUCACUGUCCUGGACAGACAGCCCAGAUAGCUGAGGUGUGUACCCAGGACAGCGUGCUUGAACCUUAAUUGGAUAUAAGCACGAAAAUAACUUGAAGUGAAUUAAGUGUAGCAGUGAAUGUACUCACUUUGGGUUGGAGCUAGUAAAUGGAUAUACACUCUACCUGUCGAUUGUAAACCCUAUAGCCUAGCCAAUUAAGAAAGGUACAUUCAUAUACUGAUGAAAUCUCCCAGAACAGAUCGGUAGAAACUAUUGAAACAUGAAGUUUAAACUAUUAAUGAAAGACUGUUGAGGAAGAACAUUUGUACCCGUUAUUUUAUAUAUCACACAUGUACACAGACACAUAUGCGCCAUCAUUAUAUGCCACUAUCUGUUAAUAAAUUUAAAACGGCAGCAGGAAUGUUUUGUUUGGUACUUGCAGGGGUGGAUCCAGGAAAUAUUUUGGGAUAUUACGGGAAAAAAUUGGCAACUCGUGAAAACAUCAUCCUAAUGGAAAAAAGAGAGACAUUUGCAGGGAUGGGUGCCCUGGUUCUCUCUCUCUCCCCCCCCCCCCCCCCCCCCCCCCCCGGAUCUGCCUCUGAGUUGUAAAGAUAAACUAUGCAACAUAAUUUUUUUGUCUGCAAGGAUUUUCAGAUUUCAUCUCAGUUUCUAAUUUCCCUUUUUUUUUUCUUUUUUUUUUAAAUUACUUGGCAAUACAUGUGUAGUAGUGUUUAAACAUGCUUGAUUAACAUGCUUCUUGCUAUUAGCUCAGUUGGGAAAACACUGAAGUUUUUGCCCAAAUGCUCCAUCAUAGUUCAAAUCCCAUCAGCUGAAAUUGACUCAACUGUUACAUAAAUAAAAUACAUGUAACUGCUAAAGAGUGUUCUGUGUUCUGGUAUUAAUGGUUGCUGUAUAAACGGUUUUAUGUUUGUGCUCAUCCAAAUCAGUAUUUGUCAAAUGGUGGGUCACUGGGAUUGAAAAACCAGUUUCCUAGGAAGGAUGGAGAGGGGUCUUUACUAACCAGCAUGAUUAUUUUGGCUCUGGAGUCAAUAUCAGGUCUAUUAAGUACACAAGUAUUGGCUGGUUUACAAAUGCUUUCUUUGUGUAAUAUGGUACAUGAAUACCAGAAAAAACACACAAUCAAUAAAACCUCAUCUGGCUGUGCAGUGUUAAACUUCCUAGGCUUUUUCGUCUUCUUUUUUUGUGUAACCUUUGUGGGAAUAACAGUAUAUGUCACAGUGACCAGGUACCAGGAUAAGAAACUUACUGAAUACAUUGUCAAACCUAUGAUUUGUUACCCAAUACCUGUUAGUUGUAUGGUUUUCAACAUAAACAUGGUUAUUAUGUGUAUGUGGUAUAUGCAUAUUACAUUUAAAACAAUUGAUAUCACUGGCUGUGAGUGUUGUAAAAUAUACUGUUGGCCUGUGAGUGGUUGAUCAGUCUAGGAGGAUAUAUGUAAACUGCUGUCCCACAGUGUAUGUGUAUAUCUGGUGUCUGUCUAUAUGUAUUAAUAUCUUUGGAUAAACUCAGAUUUAAAUUU